AUGGCUGAAAUUGUUUUUGAAAUUUUUGGUCGAGUCGUAAUCGAAGUGAUCGGCGCAGCUAUUGCAGGAGCAAUAUCAAGUCCAAAUAGACCAGAACGUCGUUUAAAAAAUUCCAAUUUAUCCUCUCAAAAAAUUAAUCGAUCAUUAGACGUAGUGUCGCCAUCAUCUACUCAUAAUAACCGUGCAGUACUUAUUGCAUCAAGCAAUAUUACUUUUGGUAAUGAUUGUGAACGUCUUGUUAAUAUAGCUUUUCAAACAAGUCAAACUUUUUCUACAAUGAUGGGUACAUAUGCUGAUGUUCAACAAUAUUUACAUAAAGAACUUGCUAAACAAUAUCCUCAUGAAUAUUUUCAUAUAAUUAUUGGUAAAAAUCAAAACUUUGGUUUUUCUAUUAGUGAAGAUCAAUAUUUUGCUGAAAUUGAACAAGAUCGAUAUCGUGUAUUGAUUUUUUCAACAAAACAAAAUCCUCAUACAAAAUCUGACACUCAUGAUGCUAAUAGUAAAAUGUUAUUUGUAUGGAAUUGA